AUGGAGGCGGAGGAGUAUUUUUCUACUUAUGAUGCUUUGCAUAAGGGUGAGUCAGCAGUACGUCGGCUUGAAAUUCGUUUGCGAAAUGUCUCCAAUAUUGCUAAGGUUGUUUGGUCAUCAUUUGAUUUCAUGUGUGGACCUGAAUUAAAGUUUGUGUGGGAGGUGAUACCAUCAAAUUCGGUGUCUCCGUUAAACCUAAGCAGUGGAGAGGGUUCCGUAAAUGGUGAGGGAAGUCUAGUUUCCUCGAUGUCAACGCAGUCUGCGCAAUAUGAAGAUAUCGAUGAUCCUUUACAGGUUAGUAUAAUACAUGUAGGAAUUAACGCACUUUGUUAUGUACGUGUUAUGAACAGGAAUACGUCUGGGAACUCCAUGGUUGUUACUAGGAAUACAUGCAUCUCACUAUUCUCGAAGACCUCGGACAAUGAAAAAGUGACUGAACAAGUUGAUGAAAGAGAUGAACAACCAUUCGAGAAAUUGACAAGCGGUAAGGUCCAUGUAUUCCCAAUUAUGACGGUUCAUCGCUGUUACUCUUUAGCAUUAACAACUUCUUGCGUUGAUUCUGGGAUUGGCGGUACGAUUUCUACGCACAGCGAGUUGAGUGGGUUCUGCCUAUCGCCAUUAGCAGAAUCGUUGCCUGACAACCUGUCAGUGAUGAGGUGUUUGUGUCAAAGUUUGUUCUGGCAGAACAAGUCUUCAGGUUGGGUUUUUUCUCUUGUCGUUUUCACCUACCAUUACUUUGUACGUUGCAGUGCACAACUGCCGUCCAAUCCACUUAUGCACAAAAUGACAGUAGUUCCGUCUCGGAGUCUAUUAGUUGGAUCGUUUAUAUUCUCUAUGUCACAACCGGAUGGCAUCAGGACUUUAUAUGCAAUUUCUUUCUUGAUGAACAAUUGCAAGUUGGAGUGGUAUAUGGAGAGGCAGGCUUUUGUUGAAUCAGUGAUGCUCGACAUCAUACCUAAACUUAAGGCCCUGUUUUUAUCGAAGGAACCGUGGGAAGAUGUGAUUGUGCGGGCAAAUUUGGAUCUAACACGUAUGGUUAAUCUAAUCUCAGUUUUGGACCGUUAUCCCUUGGUAUCGGAAUUAUGUCCUCUUCUUAUAAGAAAUACGCUGCUAAUACAGAGACGAUGCCAAGACGAUAAGAUUCUCUCCAAAGCUAUUUCUGGAGUUUUGCAAAGUCAGGGUCAGUGUGUCAUUAUAGGAUCAGAUACGCAUUAUGUCUCCCGGUUACUACAUACCCUUGCUGCAUUUCUGCCCAUUGAGUUGCGUUGGUGUUGUCCUCGUAUGUAUCGACAUAAAUUUAGCCCGUAUGUUCGACUACAAGCAGUGCACCGGCACGAGUUACCGAAUGUGAUGCAAUGUGGCGCGCUUGCGAACUGGCCUUUAUGUGUAGUGGACGUUGAUCGUUCUAUGGUGUGUAUGUCGGCUCACUACAGUCGUCAUCGAGUUUUGAAACGGAGAGUCGAUGCUCAGAGAAUCGAUACCAUUCUCAAUAACGCUUUCCAAAACAAACCCGUGACUUUUUCUUUCAAAUGUUCGGUACAAAUACUUAAGGGAAUUGAGCACGUCAUUUGUGAGAAGAAUGGAUUUGAAAAACGACAAAUCCUUUAUUAUUUUAAUUUUCAGCAGUCUGCUCGGAUGGGUCUUGUCAAUCAGUUGUUAUUAUAUGUCGAAAAUAUGGCACAAGCGCUUAUCUUGUAUGUAAAACAUGCUAGUGAGCCGCUUCCUUCUGAAAAGUGUUCGGCGACGAAGAGUUCUCGUUUCUCUUUGAACGAAUGUCGCUGUGCUCUCGACUUGCAAUCUGACAGCUGGUUUCAUGCCGUUUUGGCCAGAGCUGAACUGAUAAUGCCAGAUAUUGCGGAGUUCAUAUACAGUUCAACGUGA